AUGCAUAUUCUAGUUGUCAACGACGACGGACCGCCGUCGAACCAGUCUUCGCCGUAUAUCCAUUCGCUCGUCGUCUCGCUACAAUCUGUCGGACAUACUGUUUCGGUAGUACUACCGCAUCAGCAGCGGUCAUGGAUUGGUAAAGCACACCUGGUCGGGGCUGCGGUGAAGCCCACCUACUUCCGGCCUGGGACUUUGCACAAGGACGAUGGAACAACUCACGAGUUGCCCUACGGUAUGAACGAGGUUGACGACGAAGAAUACGAUGGCGAUGAGUGGAUCCUUGUCGACUCGACGCCGGCAAGCUGUGUGCAGAUCGGCCUAUACCACUACUUCGAGGACCGCGGUCCGAUCGACCUGGUCGUUUCUGGGCCGAAUUAUGGCCGGAACUCGACAGCGCUCUUUGCCAUGUCCAGCGGAACGAUUGGUGGCGCCAUGGAGGCUGCCGUCUGUGGGAAACGGGCUAUCGCUUUGUCCUACGCUUUCAGCUCGCGCCAGCAUGACCCCAUCGUUAUCGCGGAGGCUUCGCGGCAUUCGGUCCGGUUGAUCGAGUACCUUCACAAGAACUGGGCGGAGGGAGUAGAUCUGUACAGUGUCAAUGUACCUCUGGAGCCUGGUGUGAGCGAGGCCAAGGUUCUCUACACCCAGAUGCUCGAUAAUCGCUGGUCGUCUGGCAGCUGCUUCAAGGCUGUGGAGGCUUCUGCAUCGACGGACGGCCCGAGUGCGCAUGAGCACAAGCUGCGGGAAGAAGGCGAGGGUGCCGGGAACGCUCUGGCUGCAGAAGGGAACAAGCUUUCGAUCAAGCGAUCUCGCAUCCAACACAAGCACUUCGAGUGGGCGCCCAAUUUCACGGAUGUCUACAGAAGCGUGGAUGAGGGUGCUCCCGGAAACGACGGGUGGGUUGUGAAGGAGGGAAUGACUAGUGUGACGCCGUUGAAGGCCAAUUUCAUGCACACGCCCGGCAUCGAAGGGGAGAUCAAGCUAUAUUCGAGAGCUAGUUUUAUGCCUUUCGCGCCUUCCUUUCACUUCUUGCUUCCCUUCAAUUCUAUUUUGCAAUCAUGUUCAUGUAGACCGGAUAAUAAUGAGCCUACAUUAUAUACCCUCGUGGACAGUGACAACCCAUACGUCCAGAGUCUCAUGGAGCAGGCCCUGCAGCGUCGCCUCGGCGCCGGCCACAGUCGCACCAUCUCCUCCCUGGCCGACCUCCCGUCUCCCUCCGCUCCCGUGUUCCAGUAUCGCGAGUACGAACGCCUGGAUUUCGAGCACGCCAUGAUGCACUCCUCGUCGUCCCUCGCGAACGCCUACAUCAUCCGCAAGGCGCUGAUUCGCAAGCACUACCUCUCCAACACCGUCACGAACUGGGUGACCAAGCACCCGGACAGCGUGUUGGCCAAACACUUCAAGUUCGCCUGCGACUUCGAGCUCGACUACGCGGAAUUCCUGGACGACGCCCUGCUGGAGGCGUACGAGCUCCGCGAGAGCCUCGACCGCAACGAGACCCUGCCCGAGGCUGAGAAGGAAUGGUGGAUCCUCAAAGCCGGGAUGAGCGACCGCGGCAACGGCAUCCGGCUGUUCAACAGCGAAGACGGACUCCGCGAGAUCUUCGAAGAAUGGGAUCCUGAUUCGGAUGACGACGAAGACGAGGAGGAGGGGGGUGACUCGGAGCGUCCCACCAAGUCCAAGGAUGACGACGACGACGACGACGACGAUCACGGCGUAGUCACCUCGCAACUGCGCCACUUCAUCGCGCAGCCGUACAUCGACCCGCCGCUGCUGCUCCCCUCAGCCGCGAACCGCAAGUUCCACAUCCGCACUUACGUCCUGGCCGUCGGCUCGCUGAAGGUCUACGUCUUCCGGGAGAUGCUGGCCCUGUUCGCCGCGAAGCCCUACUGCGCCCCCGCCGACGAGGCCGAAGGCGAUGCUGUCACGGACCUGGCCCGCCACCUGACCAACACCUGCUUCCAGGACGGCGGCAGCGCUAAUGAGGGUAGUGUCCGCCGCUACUGGCAGCUGGACGAGACCGUCCCGGACCUCGCGCCGGACUGGAAGGAGCACCUCUUCGAUCAGAUCUGCGCCGUCACCGGCGAGGUCUUCGAGGCCGCCGCCCGCGGCAUGAUGGUGCACUUCCAGACCCUCCCCAACGCCUUCGAGCUGUUCGGCGUCGACUUCCUCGUCGAUCACACCGGCAACGCCUGGCUGUUGGAGCUCAACGCCUACCCGGAUUUCGCCCAGACCGGUGAGGAGCUGAAGGAUCUGGUCGUGGGCCGGCUGUUCGAGGAGACCGUUGAUGUGGCUGUUAAGCCGUUCUUUGGGCUCGGAGAGAAGACGGCCGUCCAGGGGACGGAGUCGAUGAGGCUAGUUGCUGAUUUGGAGUUGGGGCGGAAGGAUUAG